AUGAUAGUGCUCUUGGUAGAAUUCUCGAACCACCUUGCAAUAAUAUGUCUACAAAUAGGUGCAGGGACUAACUUCAUUUAUUGGCAUGGUCCUCGAGCUCAGUUGGUGGUCACUGAUCCUCGGAUGGUUAAGGAAAUUCUGAACAGCAGAGAAGAGACAUAUUCCAGAGGAGGGUUCCAGAAAUACAACAAUAAGUUAUUAGGGGAUGGACAUAUCCAGAGAAAAUUUUUCAAAAGAAAUGAUGACAUUGAAUCAGACAAACUCCAACAAGGGAUCCGAGGCACAAUCAUAAACAUGGGAAAGAAAAGAGAGAGGGAACUUAUGGCCGCUAAACUAGAAGGCUAUGGAAAUGAUUUUCUUGGAUCGCUUGUCAAGUAUUGUAAUGAUCCAGAUAAGAUAAGACUAAGAAAUCUUCUGUUAGAAUUCUUUUGUGAGGCCCUCACAGGCUGGCACAUGAAACUGUUAGAAUUAUUUUGUGAGGCCCUUCUUGUGAGGAUUGCACUGAUUGGCAAGGAAAAGCAAGAAAAGAGGUUUAUCAACUAUUUGGUGAACAAAAUCCAAGCAGAUGGCAUUGCAAAACUGAAGAUCUUGAGCUUGAUCACCAAUGAAUCUCUAAGACCAGAAAGAUUUGCAGAAGGGGCAGCAAAGGCUACAGACAAUACUAUCUCUGCAUUCUUUCCGUUUGGUUUGGGGCCUACAACUUGUGCAGGGUUGAAUUUUGCUAUCACAGAAGAGAAGAUUGCUCUCUCAAUGAUUCUGCAGCACGACAGGUUUAGUCUGUCCCCUACUUAG